AACAUAAAAUUCAUUUCUCAGAUGCGGAAAGACAUAGCUCUCUUACAACAGUUGGACGUGCAGUACAUUUGUGACUUGAGAUUAAGAGAUCCAAGCAAAGAUAUUCCUCAAUUCUCUCAUUCUAAUAGUGCUUACAAGCAAAAUUAUGAAGUCUUCAAAACUGCACACUUGCCUUAUCCAGCUAUCACUUUUUUCAGCAACUACCAUAUAGCAAGAAACCCUCUAAUAAUGUUCGACUGGAAUUUGGUAUCUCCACGCUUUGAAGUGGCAUUGCCUGACAUAGACUAUAUGACACUUUAUCAAGUAGACUUUACAAAGUACCAGGAAUGGCAUCUAGUGGACUUAACUCUAAAUUAUCUCCUGGUUCUACAGACUUAUGUUACUUCCGAUUCUCUCCCAAAACGAGGAGGGGUCCUUCUACACUGCGUUGCUGGUCAGGAUCGGACGCCAGUUUUCUUGACACUUUUACGGUUGUCACUUUGGGCCGAUGGUUUGAUCCACGAGUUCUUGACCCCAAAAGAGAUACUUUUUUUUACAAUUGCCUAUGACUGGUAUUUAUUCGGGCACGAUUUGGAGGAAAGCCUAGACCGCAAUUGGGAGAUAAUGCAUUUCUGCUAUUCCAUUCUUGAUUACGUUGCAGCUGACAGAUUUUCAGUGAGGAAAUCUGAGGAAAAUGGAGGAAUAGCAUGCCGUCUGAAUCUUGAUCCUCCAGAAGAGACUGACCGCAAGGAAAAGCUUUUUGAAGUAAUGGAACUGUUUAUGAGGUUUUACCCCCUGAUUGAGCGACCAAGAGAUCAUAAGCGUCCUCCUCCAUCUCAGCCCUCUACGGAAAGGCCAUUGAGUUGAUUCGGAAAUUAACUAGCUGAUGCUGUAAUUGAGAGCUGAGCUACUAAUUUAAUGGAAGUUUUGGAUAAUUCAAAAUUCUUUUUUCAUCCUUUUUACGUUACCAAUAUAUUAAUAUGUUGCAUUUUUUAACUGUAUUUUGGCUGAAUUUCUUGUUGAUGUUUUGAUUACCUACCUUAUAUUUAAUAAAAUACUGAGAUUCAGUUAACAUGCA